CGAUAUCAUCUGGCGUCGUCUUGGCAACGGGCGCGGUCCAGCUUCACACGAGAUGAAACUCUGCGUUUAAACAAUGUUUGUUUUCGUGAUUUUUGCACUAAAUUGGCUCACAAUUCGGGCCGACUUGUGGUCGUCCAACAACCCCACGGUUUUCAACAUCGGGGGCGUGUUAAGCAGCAAUGAGAGCGAGUACUACUUCAAGGAAACAAUCGCGCACUUGAAUUUCGACUCCCAGUAUGUGCCCAAAGGGGUCACUUAUUACGACACUGCAAUUCUCAUGGACCCCAACCCCAUCAAAACCGCCCUCAACGUUUGCAAAUACUUGAUCACAAGUCGGGUGUAUGCCGUGGUGGUUUCGCACCCCUUGACCGGGGACUUAUCCCCAGCAGCGGUGUCGUACACUAGUGGUUUCUACCACAUCCCGGUGAUUGGUAUCUCAAGCCGGGAUUCGGCUUUUUCGGACAAAAACAUUCAUGUCUCGUUUCUGCGAACUGUGCCCCCGUACUCCCACCAGGCCGACGUUUGGGUCGAAAUGCUCAAGCACUUCAACUACAAGAAGGUGAUUUUCAUCCACAGUUCGGACACUGAUGGGCGUGCCCUGCUGGGGAGGUUCCAGACCACCUCCCAGAGCCUGGAGGACGAUGUGGAGAUCAAGGUCCAGGUCGAGUCGAUUAUAGAGUUUGAGCCGGGUUUGGAAACGUUCAAGGAGCAACUCAGCGACAUGAAAAACGCCCAGUCUAGAGUCUAUCUGAUGUAUGCCAGCAAAACCGACGCUCAGGUCAUUUUCCGAGACGCUGCUGAAUUUAAUAUGACGGAUGCUGGGUAUGCGUGGAUCGUCACAGAGCAAGCCCUUGUUGCCAAUAACAUCCCCGAGGGGAUUCUGGGCCUCCGACUGGUCAAUGCGACCAACGAAAAAGCCCACAUCAAGGACAGCAUUUAUGUCCUGGCGUCGGCUUUACGCGACCUAAACCAAACGAAGGAAAUCACCGAAGCGCCAAAAGACUGCGACGAUUCGGGCCAGAUUUGGGAAACAGGCCGCGACCUUUUCGACUUCAUCAAAAAGCAAGUCCUAAUGAACGGUGAGACCGGAAAAGUGGCUUUCGACGACCAAGGCGACCGAAUCAACGCCGAAUACAACAUCGUCAACAUCCAAAGAAAACGCAAGCAAGUCACAGUCGGGAAAUUUUUCUUCAACAGGACCAGCAAUAAAAUGCGUUUGGCGGUCGACGAGAACAACAUUUUGUGGCCGGGUCGCCAGCACGUCAAGCCCGAGGGUUUCAUGAUCCCGACCCACCUCAAGGUCCUCACAAUUGAGGAAAAACCGUUCGUUUACGUCCGGAAGCUGGUGGAACCCCAGGACGUGUGCACCGCUGAGGAAAUACCUUGUCCUCACUUCAACGCCACGCAAGAUCUGGCGGGGAGUUACUGUUGCAAGGGUUAUUGCAUGGACCUCCUGAAGGAGUUGUCGAAGAAAAUCAACUUCACUUAUAGUCUGGCGCUGUCUCCCGACGGCCAGUUCGGCAACUACAUCAUCAGGAACAGCUCCGGGAGUGGCAAGAAGGAGUGGACUGGCUUGAUAGGGGAGCUGGUGGGCGAGAGGGCCGACAUGAUAGUCGCCCCCUUGACCAUCAACCCCGAGCGGGCCGAAUUCAUCGAGUUCAGCAAGCCGUUCAAAUACCAAGGCAUCACAAUUCUGGAGAAAAAACCGUCCCGGUCGUCCACACUUGUGUCCUUCUUGCAGCCGUUCAGCAACACUCUCUGGAUCUUGGUGAUGGUGUCCGUGCACGUGGUGGCCCUCGUGUUGUACCUCCUGGACCGGUUUUCGCCCUUUGGGCGCUUCAAGCUGGCAAAUACCGACGGGACGGAGGAAGACGCCCUGAAUCUCUCAAGCGCGAUUUGGUUCGCUUGGGGAGUGCUGCUCAACAGUGGGAUUGGGGAAGGGACUCCGAGGAGCUUCUCGGCCAGGGUUCUGGGCAUGGUUUGGGCCGGUUUUGCGAUGAUUAUCGUAGCUUCGUAUACUGCCAACUUGGCCGCGUUUCUCGUUUUGGAAAGACCCAAAACUAAACUGACUGGGAUUAAUGAUGCCAGGCUGAGGAACACGAUGGAGAAUUUGACUUGUGCGACGGUCAAGGGGUCUGCGGUUGAUAUGUAUUUCCGCAGACAGGUCGAAUUGUCGAAUAUGUACAGGACCAUGGAAGCGAAUAAUUAUAACACGGCCGAGGACGCUAUUGAAGAUGUCAAAGUGGGAAAGCUGAUGGCCUUCAUCUGGGACAGCUCUCGCCUGGAGUUCGAGGCGGCCCAAGACUGCGAACUCGUGACCGCCGGCGAGCUCUUCGGCCGCUCCGGCUACGGCAUAGGCCUCCAGAAGGGUUCGCCCUGGGCCGACGACAUCACCCUCGCGAUUCUGGACUUCCAUGAAAGCGGCUUCAUGGAGAGCCUGGACAACAAGUGGAUCCUCCAAGGCAACGUCCAGCAAUGCGAGCAGUUCGAAAAAACGCCCAACACCCUCGGCUUGAAGAACAUGGCCGGGGUGUUCAUCCUCGUGGCCGCCGGGAUCGUGGGCGGCAUCGGCCUGAUCGUCAUUGAAAUGGCAUACAAGAAGCACCAAAUCAAGAAACAGAAACGCAUGGAGCUGGCCAGACAUGCGGCGGAUAAGUGGCGCGGGUGUGUCGAGGAGUCCACGUUUCAGAAGCGCAAGACCUUGCGGGCCUCCGCCACCACGCAACGCCGGAUCAAGUCCAAUGGGGUGAACGAUCCGGCGACCAUUUCACUGGCGGUUGACAAGUACCAGAGGAUUGGGGGGCCCGAGAGGGCCUGGCCGGGGGAUUCCGACAUAAGGCAAAGGAGGGUGGAGGACAGUGGGGGCGUGCAACCAGUUCCUAGAUAUCUACCGGCGUACACUAGCGAUGUAUCGCAUCUCAUUGUUUAACUCGCUUAAUAGUUGUUGGUUAUUGGAUGUAGUCAUUUAUCAGAUGUGUAAAAACUUCCAACUCACUGAGAUAAGAAAAACGGUAUCUGUGAGCGAGAAUUGGGGGAAAAUCCAAAUAAAUGAUUAGACGUCUCGUUUUA